GACAUCUAACAGUAUGUAGGUAUCAAUCAUACGUUUUAAUGUAGAUCUAGAACUAGAUUUUGAUCUAGAUCUAGUCCAAAUCUAAAAUCAUAAACAAUGUGAAGAGGAAAAUGCCCCUCUUUGUGAAGUGCUAAACUCAAAAUUUAGAUGGUUCAUUGUUCUACGCAUUAGAGAUCCGUUCGUAAUCGACGAUGGCCCACGACAAUAAAUGGAGUGUUCAUGACAAUGUUUGGAACUUUUUGGUAACAGAUCCACAACUUCACCGUAAAGGAUACACAAUCUACAAAGUUACUUGUCAGACUUUUCCUAUCAAAUCUCCUGAAACUUUGACAGAGUUUGUAUGUUGGAAGAGAUACAAUGAUUUCAAAACUUUGCACAAAGCUCUGCUUGCACUUCAUAAAGCUCUGCAUAGAAAAGAUCAAUUCCCAGACUUUGCAAAGCCAAAACUAUUUGGACGUUUUGAUAACAAUGUGAUAGAAGAAAGGAGAUUGAGUGCUGUAGAACUUCUACACUUUGUGGCUACACAACCCCAUCUCUACAAGUCUUUGGUUUUCAAGCAGUUUCUAGAGGAUGGUAAAAGUAAAUCAGAUCCGCUGAAGAAAGGUUCUAUCAUGACCCCAUUGCCUUCCAACCUGGACAUUAUCCAUAGUGGGCACAAGUCUGAUGGCAAUCCACCCCCUGAUAUAGUUCCAGUUGUGACUUCCAAAGAGGACAAGGCUACAGCUGCUCUGGUGAAAGGCCACUCAUUGGACAUUGGUCCCCCAGCUGUGCAGACAGAGCCUAAAAUCUCACCUAACAACUCUACCAGGCCUGCAUUUUUAGAAGGAACAUGGAACUUCCCCCAGGUGGCUGAUAACAUAAGCCUGGACUCCUCCACUGGGGACGAAACUCUGGACACAGAUGAAGACUCUAUACUGGCCAGCUCUUUACCAGACACAGACCUGGCCUUUUUUGAUCCAGUGGGCCAUGAGUCUUCCUUGACCAGCCCAGAUGAGGUGGAUGCCUUGAGUCAGAGUAACAGCUGGUUGUUGGCUAGUCUCAAUAUGUGUGCCCAAUUGAGUGACUUUGAGCAGAACAGUGAAGUUGAUGUGAAAGAGGAAUGUGGCACAGUUGAUAGGGCAGAUACAAUGGUCAGCACAGACUCAACCCUGACCAAUCAUUCCAUUCCAUCAUCUUCAACAUUAGAAAAGCUUUCCGAUCUAAGUGACAUUGACAGCAGUAGAAAGAGUAGCUUGACCACUGGGGGCAGAACUGACCUGGACCAGUUUGACCCCAUCCGCAGGGACUCACAGAGCUCGGAUGUUUCUAAAGUGGAGUGUGGUAAGGGUGACCUAGAUUUGUCUGUAGAGUGGCAAACACGAUCUCCAAGUAUUGUUGCCGUAGGAUCACAAAAGCCAGCCAAUGAAGAGAACAAAGUACAAGAUGACCCUCCCAGGUCACAUUCCACCAAGUCCUCCAGGUCCCACAGCGUGAACUCAGACAAGUCAGUGGAGUCUGAGAGAGGUUCCAGCAACAAGUCCACUCCCAGCCACACCUCUAGGAGUUUAUUAAAAAGACUUGUCACUGGGAGCCCUAAAAAACCCAGAUCAAUGAGUGACCAAAGUGUGACUACAAUGGACUUAGGAGGGAAAGAAGAUUACAUCUAUUUAGCUGCCAGUCAGAUCAGCAUGGCCCAGAAUAGUGAAGCUAAUGGGGAGUUUGAAGUGGCCUUUGCCUACUAUAAAAGUGGUGUUGGUAUCUUACUUCAAGGUGUUCAGGGUGACACUAACAAAGCUCGCAGAGAUGCUGUAAGAAGAAAGACGGCCCAGUAUUUAAUGAAAGCUGAAGAUUUGUUCAGCAAGCACCUGGCCACUGAAAAUGUGGAUGAAAGAAGAUGGGGUGCUGACAGUUUCCUUUCUCCCUCCCUGGAUCUGGAUCCUUCUUUUGCAUUUAUUAGAGGAUCAGUGCGUGAACUACAAAACUAUCAAGUACUAGGUACUAUUGACAAAGUCAUCCUAGUGAGAGAUAAAUGUACAGAUGAAACAUUUGUAUUUAAGUCAAUACCAAAGACAAAUACUGAAGGCCCAAGAACUCCCAGCAUCUUGCCUACCAGUUGUCCACACAUGGUCAGUCUUCACAAGUUCUAUGAGACUGACGACUCCAUCUUCCUCCUGCUCCAGUAUGCUAGUGGAGGCAAGCUGUGGGCAUACAUUGGGGACUAUCUGAACUGUGACAAGGGCAAUCAGGGCACUGUUGACCUUCAACUUCAUAUCAUUAAGCCAGAGGUCACAAACGUUUACUCUGGCACAAAAGUGGAGGCCAACGUAGCAGGGCAAGUCGGGACACAUCACAAGGACACAGGUCCAGAGGCUACAAUGUAUUUGAAAUCAUCAACAGAUGUAACCUCACCUGAUGAUCUUGAGGUCAUACGAUUUUCCACGUUGACUAGAAAGGUCAGCCUAACAAAUGUAGAGCAAAACAGCGAUAGUUUUUCUUGUCAUGAACAGGAAGUGGACAGUUUUCUGAGUGAAGUUCCUUCAGAGUUAACCGAGGACAUUUCUGCUCAGAAGAAACAGCUUCCAUUGAACAGAAGGUUCUCAAGUCUGUCUGACGAUUGUGCCCCAAUCAGUGAGACAGACAGUAGUGUCAUAUCCCCCACGACAAUGCUAGAGGAAGACCACUUUCAGAGCUACUUGCAGGAGUAUCGCUCCAACGUUGAAGGCUUCUCCAUUACCAGCUUCGACAGUGAGGAUACUCAGAGACACAGCCUGUCCUUCAGGGACAAAAUUGACUCUAUACCAGAAGACUCUGUCUCUGUCCCUCUGAAACUCACGCCUCGACAGAUCAGUGCCGAUGAGGUGUUCCAGUUGACACGCAAAGAAUCAGAGAAUGUCGCUUGUGAUAGCAAAGUCAGACACUUAAGUACUGAUGGUAUCUUCCCAUCUGUACUCCCACCAUCAGCAUUCAACUCGUCAGAUAUUAUUAGAAAUUCAAAAGAACUUCUUCAGAAAGUUGACAGAGUUUUGUCUGAGUCUGACGAUGGCAGUCACAAUUCUGGCACAGUCAAUGCUGAUACUGCCCUAAGUCGAGAGUCUACAGUGGAUAAUGCAGCGGAGACUGGCGCCAUCCUUGUUGUAGAGCAGCAAGACUCCAGUUUCUCUGAGUCCACAGAAGAGCCAAGCAUCUAUGAUGUAAACCGGUCUUCUGAGGAUGACGUCAGUGACCAUAAUUCAAACUCGACCAGUGAAAACUUGGCAAAUGGCAAGCCUGUAGAGGAAAGUGUUCAGGAUUUAUCCGCUAUAGACAAAUCUUUGCAUUGUGAUGAGCUGAAUGGUGAUGUAGUCAAAGAGAUUUUGGAAACUGAUACUAAUUCCAACAGUGUUUUCAUUGUAACUGACAGUGAAUUUAACGGUCAAGCUAAUGUCGGACGUCCUGGCCCGUUGAUCCGGCAGACUAGCACGCCCCAUAAAUUAAUUCUCAGUCGAAUGAAUUCAAAAGAUAUCACAAGGUCGGCAUCAUUUGAGUGUGACCUUAAGUCUCCCACGCGAAACAGAGCCAGGACAGUGACGGACAUGUUUGAGAGAUUAGACAAUACAAACACUGAAGGUGUGCACAUCCCGGAGACGAGCGUCAAAAAGUGGAUGGCUCAGUUGGUUACUGCAGUGUCCAGGCUUCAUUCAUUAGGAAUUAUUUGUAGAGAUUUGAAACCAAGCAAUGUUCUCCUAGGAGAAGGUGGACAAGUGUACCUGUCCUACUUUUGUCAUUUGGGUCAAGGUGAAUGUGACCUAGACUGGGAGGCUGUACACAGUCUCUAUGCUGCCCCUGAAGUAAGAUCCAUUACCGGCUAUGACAAGUCAUGUGACUGGUGGAGCAUUGGAGCACUUCUGUAUGAGUUGUUGGUAGGCAGGACCUUAUCUGAGUGUCACCCUGGAGGCAUCAACUCCCAUACAUACCUUUAUGUUCCAAGUUUUGUGUCAACGGAAGCUAAAGGCCUGCUGGAAGGGCUGCUGAAGCAUAACCCCCAUGAAAGACUGGGAUCUGGUCUUGCUGGUUCUGAGGAAAUCAAAGCUCAUCCAUUUUUUACUGGUGUUGACUGGCACGCAUUGGAAUAUUCCUAAUUGUAAAUUGACAUUGUUAAGAAUGCUAGAUAUGUGUGCUACUGAGUCAGGCUUGUGUUAUUAAUUUUUUUAAUUCAGGAUGUUUGUUUGGUUGGGCAAAGUUGAAUGAAUUUGUACAUGUAACAAGGCUCUUGUUAAUGCUAGUGUGAACAACUGAACAACAGUAUGAAUAUAUAUUAACAAAUAACUUAGAUCAAAGACAACAGAAUAUUGAAACAUUCAAUUCAAUCUCUAUCCAUAAAAAAGGGAAUGAUACAAUUGUUUAAGUAUGUGCUAUCAGGUUGUCAAACCUUUUUGGAAUAUAAAGACAUAAAAAAUGUUUUAUCUUUGCUGAAUACAUACAUGAAUAUAUUUAUUUUAAGUAUAUUUAUUUACAAUGUCAAUGUAAUUUGUCCUGUAAAAUGUGACAUGUAUAAUAGCAAUGGAAUUUGUAAAGUGCUGAAUGAUUUUGUCUUUUAUGCAGUGAUAGUAAACAUGACAACCAUUGGGCUCUAAGAUGACAUUCUUGCCAUGGUAUUGAAUGAAAAAUAAGUAAAACUGUGUUUAUCUAUGUCUUAUCUUAUCUUAUAUAAUACAGACGUUACUUCAAAAAAGAAGAUGAUUACGUCCUACGCAUCAUGCAUAUUAACCAAUGACUUAAAUUCUGCCAAGUCACUGGUUUUCCUGGCUAGCUCAGGCAACCCAUUCCAUUCUCUAAUAGCACUAGGGAAGAAGAAGUAUUUGUACAAAUUUGUCCUAGCAUAUGGGACGAGGAGUGUGAAUUACUCAAUACAACCAAGAUGGCAGAACACGUCAGAUGCUUCCAUUCAGAUCAAAUACCGUACCCAAAAUAUUUGUACAGAACUAUUUUGAAAUGUAGAUCAAAGGAAUACUGUCCUGUAGUAUUAAUAUUGUUUUCAACUUUAGCAAGCAGCUCCAGGAAAGAAAAUGUAGAUGUGAUGCGAUGACAAAACACAACAGUCUUGCAUUCAGCUCAACAACAACAGUUCUCUGCAGGUUGAACAGUUCUUGUCACAGGUCUCAAAGGCUGUGCUGCUGAUGCAUACAUGUUUUCCUUUCCUACAGUACAACUUCCCAAAAUACUGUGACAGUCACUUCCUGAACUCCUUUAGUGCAAUUUUUUUUUUUUUAUAGUCAAUGACCUCGUUUCAAAACAGUUACCAGGUACUGUAUCUUACCAGUCUCUUACCUGCUGAUAUUUGGAUAUCCACUAUUUGCCACAGCGGCACAAUUUAGGCCAUGUCAUGCCCCUAAGCCUAAUCCCUCAAGGAUUACUUCCCCUAUCUAUUGAAUAUAGGUCAAGUGUUAAGAGUUACACAGAGUACAAAAAAGCCAUUGUCUCUUACUGUCUCUCCCUUAGGGCAGAACUUCUGUGUCUCUGUUUUGCAACAUUAUUUUCAGGGUCAAUUGUGCAUAGUGCAUUGGUUUGCAGUACAGGGUGGUCAAAAUAUCAUUGUUGUUAAGGCAUUUGUCUCUGGGAAAUUACACUUAAAUGACAAUUAAAAAUAAAAAAAUUAGAAUGACAUGAUGCAGAGACUGUUGUCUCAUAGAAUGCUGCUGUUGAUUCAUUCAUUUAGUGGCUAGAUAAAAUAAACAGUUGACUAUACACUUCACUAGUAUUAUAUCCGUCACCCCAAUCUUCUUGAAAAAUAUCAUUCCAUUGAUUUGUGAAAGUAAAAUGUAUUGUCUGUUUUUAUCUUAUGAAAUGGUUGUCAAUAUUUGUAUCUAUUAUUCUCCUAUCGUAGAUGUGGUAACUAUUAUUGACUUGAAUCUUUUUUUUCUUUUAUCUGCAUGAGGUUUGAAUAAAUCUCUUAUAUCUUUUUAUGUGUACUAAAAUUAUUUCAAAAAUUGAUAAUUCUUUAGUCUUUCAUUUUGUUCAUUGAUAGGUUUUAUUUUUUUUUUUUAAGUUUUUUUUUUUUUUAUUUUAUAUUUAUUUAUUUUUAUUGUUAAUAAAAGAAAAUGAUUUUUAAAGUUAACAUUUUGACUUAGCGGUACAUUGAAGGUUGUCUGGUACAACUUGAUGUUUGACCCUGAGUGUAACUUAUUUCCUCAAUGCUAGUCAAGACAUUGUGUAAUACUCUCCUUCAAUUCAAACAAGAACAUGAAGAGGCAGCUCAUGGGAUAAUGGAUUCAGGAUUGCUAACAUAGAAUUGUGUUGAGAAACUAGUAACAAUGUUUCCAGUCACUGGAAUGUUUUGAUGUCAAUUCAUUUGUACAUGGGACGUUCUUGAAGUAUGAUCAUUUCAACUGAAUUCAUCUAGAUUGAAAUUUGCUUGGAACAUGGCUGUGAUGUAUAUGCAUGAUUAGAACAUCAAAGCAGUGUCUUCAGCUUUUCAUAUUUAAUAGUAAGAACUAUGCACCUUUUAGUCAAUGCUAGACUUUUCUUGUACAGUAAUAGACACAAUAAACUGAAAGCAGUUCUAAAUUUUACAUCUGUAAGCCUCCGUGCACUAAGGCUUCGUACUGGGAUUAGUCCCUGACAGCACGGUCCAGGUAUCUGGCAGUGUACUGUGAGGUUGGCUUGUCUCUGUGCAGAGCAAGAUCCCCACAUCCAUCAGUUCUAUCUGUUCCAAGACUAGUCACAUCUUCAAUUGUGUUUCUGAGCACCCUGCAAUCAUAGAGGAUGUGUUCUACUGUCUCGUCUUCCGUGUGACAGCGUAAACAUCUGGGAUCAUGAUUCUCUUGUAUCCUAGCGCAGUAGGCUCCUAUCGGACAGUGUCCAAGGCUAAAAUCGUGCCAAAAUUGCCAGAUCCUUUCUGUCUAGCUAUUUGUGCUACAAGGAUCUAAUGUAGAUCUUUUUCUAAGUUCUGUUAUCAUUUUUCAAAGUACCUAAAAGUUUUUCUUAAUCUUAAAUGUUUUGAUACAUUUUGUAGCAGCCAAUCUUAGCCAGGUUUGAGUUCAUAGGAAAUCUUCAAUCAUGAAGAAGGAGUUAGCGGAGCAUAAGCUAAGUUUAGCUAAGUUUUUUUGUGUUCUUGCUUUAUUGAUGAUUUUUUAAACUUAACAUUAUAAAACAAUUUUUGCUUACUUCCUGUGGUUAAAAGUUGUAUGUAUAUCCAGCGCUCAUAAUUAUAUGCGCAUUGUCUUUUUAAUUCCAAAAUGAAAUGAAGAGUGCCGUACUGGACAUGGCAUUGCUAACUCAGUGGUUUACAUAAAUGCAAAUAAAAUAGGCUGAUUUUCUUGCUUUAGUAACUGACACACUGUUCCUCAAGCUGUAUUUUUUGUUUGUGUAUAAUAUGUAUAAUUAUUGUGAUAUCUUGACAGGUUACCAUGGUAUAUUUUGAUUUGAGACCCACUGGUCCGAUGUUUAUGAAGUAAUUGUUUUGUGUUGUUUCUGUUUUUGCAGUUGAUCAAAAGAUGUGGAUUCCAUUUUCUCUAAGUCAUAAGUGUGACAGUAUGAUGUUUAUUGUCAUGUUUUUUUUUAUUUCCUAUAGGACUGGUGUGUUUUUUUUAAGCUCACUAUGUACAGUUGUAUAAAAACAAAGCUUUUCAUUCAUCACACUGUUUCAUUUUGUUAAGUGGUCCAAAACCGUAAACCAUAUUCUCUUUGAAUGCCCCUUCCUAAUCCACCUUAGGCAGACCCUACUUUCACUACAGCCCAACAUAACCAACACCCUGUAUGGCAGUGCUGAACAACUGAAGAAAACUGCACACUUUUUUUCCUUGGCACAGUCUGCAAAAGAGCUCACAGCUCAGCAGCAAUAAAGCUGGCUAGAAGAAGAAGAAGUGGUCCAAUGUUUCCAGCACUUGUUUUGUCUCAGUAAAGUAACAGUGUUGGCAUACCAUGCACUCAUUCAAACUUGGUGUAAGAUGAGAGUUAUGGUACCUGACAGGAUUUCAUUCAUUUGUGAUGGUGUGUCUGCAUUCAACACAAUAAUAAAAAUUUAUGUCAAAAUGUAUAUUUAUUUAAUACAUCUAUCCUCCACUGAAUAAAUCUUAUUACUGAACAAUAUUUUUUUGAACAUUUACACGAGUCAAUGAAUUUGUUUUACCAAAUUAUGAAUACUUCAUUAACGGGAAUAAAUGAUGCAAUUUUUAUUUGGACAGCUUUGUAUUGUUCAUAUCUUGUUCCAUUUCUCCCUGCUUCUUUAGUCACGUUUAACUUUGUAAAAUUUUGAGUCAAGUAAAAGUCAGGUAAAUGUGGUGAAAUUUUGUACUGGUAUGUUAAGUUAUGUGAUCUUCAGUUGAAUUCAAGUGUUGCUAUUAUAUGUGUCAGUGUGUACAUACAAAAUGUAUUGACAUAAAUUAGAAUGGACUGUGUACUUAAUUUUGUUUUAUGUUUUUAAUACACAUAACUUGGUUUAAUC